CCAAUGGGGCUGCAGGAAAGCACCCCCGUCAAUGACAUGGCGCUCAGUGACCCCGCCCCCCCCGGGUGUAAAACAGUGUGUCUGUCAGUGACAGCUCAGACAAUAUGCUGGUGAGACACAGACAAGGAGUAAGUCCACACACACUCAUGGAGACGGUUCAUUGAGACAGACGGUUCAUUGAGACAGACCCUCCGUGGACGGAUUGAUUCUCUGUGUGGACACGACCGCCUGUAAACAUGAACAAACUGGCAAAGGCUCUGUACGACAACACCGCCGAGUGUGCAGACGAGCUGGCUUUCAGAAGAGGGGACAUUGUCAUGGUGAUGGACCAGAACGUGGCGGGCACCAGCGGAUGGUGGAUGUGUUCUCUGUACGGACGCCACGGUCUGGCCCCCGCCAACCGACUGCAGCUUCUACCGCAAACCUGUGGAACCGCCGCGGGCACGUUAGGCCGCGACAUCAACAAACACAAAGUGACCGAAGCUGAAACCGAUGCUCAGAAUAUCUACCAGAUCCCCAGCGUCCCCCGACCCUCCAGCAGCCCGGCAUACGAACGCAUGGACGUCAUCUACAAGAUCCCGUCCACUCCGACGUCGGCUUCAAAAAUCUCUCCAGCACUUAGGCUCAGCACAGAGAACCCGGAGGGAAACAAGCCUCCGUUCUGCAGCAUGGGGUCCAGUCCGCCGGGGGAGGUUUACGACGUCCCGAACCAAACGAGACCAGCUCCUCUCGUCAAAGCAUCAACGACUCCGAGACACACGCCACGAAAACACUCACUGAUUCCAGUAACGACGCUGGAAAAGAGAUUUGACUCGCCGGAGAGUUUGAGGUGCAGCAGUCCAGGAGACUCUUAUGUGUAUGCGGUUCCACCACCUUUGCCUCAGGACCCAAACUACGACAUCCCCGUUCCCUCGGCCACAGAGGCCCAACAGACAGUGACGGGUGGAUACUGCACCCUGCCCAGCCCCCGCAAGCCUGAGUGGAUUUAUGAUGUGCCGGUAGGUCCUGAGAAACUAAGUCCACCCCCGGGCUCCUACGACACCGUGCCCUCCAACGCCGCUUGCCAUCAGCUCUAUGACACUCUCCCAGCGCGUGCUUGGCCCGUUCAAAGAGGAAGUCCGACUUCCUCGCUUUACGAUAUACCAAAACCCAAUUCACUCGACAUGCCGAGUCCACCCAAAGUGCUGCCGAGGCUCCCGAUUUACGACAAGCCCCCGACCCAGAGGCUUACAGAAGAGUUGGUGUACGCGGUUCCACCCCAGGAGGAACCCGUCACUCGGGUCCUCGGCGACCCCUCCAGUGAUCACAUACCGCUAGAGUGCAGGGGCGACUCCAGCAACGCUCAUGAACUCCGCAGAGUGCGUCUGCAGCGAAUGAGGAACUUCCUGGCCUGCACGUCUUUCCGUGACCUCCCUGAGAGCGUGGAGUUGCCGGUGCAGGAGGACGACGGGCGAGGCCGAACCCUCCGUCUCUCUGCGGCGGACAGUCAGAGAAUCAGCACGGCGUCCAGCUCUUCCACCAGCUCCUGUGACUCUCUGGCUCUGAGCUCGUCCUCUCCAGAGCCCCUGAGGGAAGUGACGCUCGGCCAGGACGAGGCCUGCCGCAGACUCCUGGACCUGCAGGAGUCCGUCUGCAGGGCCGUCCCCCGUCUCAUGGACUUCGUCAGCAGCCACUGGAGGAGCAGAGAGCAUCUGGAGAAACACCUGAAGGAGGUCAAAGAAGCGGCGGAGGGUAUCGCGUGCUCUCUGACGUGCUUCCUGAACUUUGCCCUGGACGUUAAGGGCAACGCCCGCCGUCUGACGGACACCAACCUUCAGACGAGGCUCUACAAACAGCUGUCCAUCGUAGAGGACUCAGGUGUGAUCUUACAACAAACGGUAGGCGCUCUGAACAUGGCGGGCUGGCCCCUCAAUACGCUCUGUCAGGACCCGGGGCAGGUCCAGACACCUGACCAGCUGGAGCGCUUCGUUAUGGUGGCGCGCACCGUUCCAGAGGACGUCAAGCGCCUCGUGUCCAUCAUCAAUGCCAACGGCAAGCUUCUGUUCAGAGCCCCUCAGAAAGCUCCAGAUCCUCUCAGCACCGCGACUCAGCCAGAGACGAAGACAAGUCCUGAUGGAGGCGAACAAAGAGAGGACUCGGUGGAGGACGACAACGACUACGUAGAGCUACAGACUAAGAAUGAUUUUGAGAAGCAGCAGAAGGAAGUUCAGAAGGAACCAAAAGAAAACGUCUCCAACAAGGUUCAGGCUGAAAACAAGUGUCACUCCUCCGAGUCCGGCGGCGGCGGCCCAGAGGAACAUCGACUGGCCUCCCUGUCGGAGCACUGCCGGCUUUACUUCGGCGCCCUCCAGAAGGCCAUCGGGGGGUUCGUGGGCAGCCUGCGGGACGGCCAGCCGCCGGAGAAGUUCAUCUCGCAGAGUAAGCUGGUGAUCAUGGUGGGCCAGAGGCUGGUGGACACUCUGUGCAGGGAGGCACAGCGUGGAGACUCCUCCCAGAGCCUCCUGUGUAAAAGCAACCACCUGUGUGCUCUCCUGAAGCAGCUGGCCGUGGCCACCAAGAAGGCGGCGCUGCACUUCCCCGAUAAACAGGCGCUGCACGAGGCUCAGGAGUUUGCAAAGGAACUGGCCCAACGAGCACAGCACUUUCGGAUAUCGCUUGACCUCUGAGCGCGUAGAGGUCAAACGUGUUGAUGUGUUUGUACAGAAAAAAGACAUUUUGGUUUAUUCAUCAUCGGUUUCCUUUUUCACUCACGACGUCGUAUUCAAGCUUCACUAACCAAGAAGAUCAUCACGUUCUGCUGGUUGUUCUCAGAAUGAAUGCAGCUACUGCUUAUUAAUAUGUUAAUAAUAUUAGAAAAGAAAUCGCAGGACGAGCAGAACAAUUUGUAUUUUGUACUAUUUAGAAUAAAAGACUAAAUUGCACAUUUAGGAAACUCUACUUAAGCCAAUUUUAAAAUGCAAUUUAAAAUAUAAAAUAAUUUGUUUUAUAUAAUUUACAACAUUUUUUCUAUUCUCUGAAUAUUGUUUUGUUAUGUGGAUUUAUGUAUUUUAUUACUUCAUUGUGUAUACUCUCCAGGGUAGUAGUUUGAUACUUUUUUAUGAAUAUCUAUGUAAAUAUUCUAAAAAUAAAAUGUGUUAUGCAUUCCCGAACAACACGUUGGAUUUUUAUUGAUAUUAAAAUGAAAAAAUUAAAA